AACUAUUUUCUAGCUAUCUACUAAUCCAGAAGCAUUCAAAUUGCAAAUUUUAGUCAGUUUCAUUAGAUAUUUUCCACAUAAUUCGAGGCACUUCUAAUUAUGUCCAGGCUUUAGGGUAUACUGCUGUUAUGUUAUUGAUUGGUCCAAAGUCAAGUAAUUUAUUAUUCACUAUGAAAAUCCUCAUUUACUUAUAAUCCCUAGACAUCCACUCUCACACACUUGUUGUCAGUGUUGUAUAAAAUUUCUCAUUCUCUCAUCAGUGAUGAGUGAAAAAGGUAUCCUAUCAAACAUAUUCACCAAACCUUUAACCAUGUCUAUCUAUGAAUAUUGAAUCUAUUAGAUAUAGAUAUAUGCACAUUAUUGUCUUGCUUACUGUAGUGUAUGCGUCUAUAUUCACAUCCUCCCCACUACUGUGAUAAGUCAUAGCGCUACGAGCGAGUGCUCAGUUGUUUACGAGACGGCGAGGCGCACGGACGUUGGAGUAUCAGUCAUGUGGCUGUGAUGUACAGUUACGUUUGAGGAUGGGGCAUGUAACCUCGCUAGUGUACCACUUACUAUUGCAAUUGCUGUGUCAGCGCUCAUUCCUAUGAAAUCCACAAAUGAUGAGAGUAAUUCAGCUGACGAAGCAGAAACUCAACUGAAGGCUGAAAACAUGGAUGAUGAUAAUAAGAAGACGCAAGGUACCAUUAAAAAUGUUAAAUUUGGAUACAUUAAGUACGUCAGCUUGGUGACACUUACUUUGCAAAAUGCUACUCUGGGCCUUAGUAUGCGGUAUGCCCGUACAAGGCAGGGUGUGGAGAUGUUCUCAUCAGCGGCUGCGGUUGUAAUGACAGAGAUUUUCAAAUUAGUUAUAUGCCUUCUACUUGUAAUGCAAGAAUCAGGCAGUGUGAACAAAGGGUUGCGAACCAUGUAUGCAACAGUCAUACUGAAUUUCAAGGACACUUUAAGAGUUUGUGUGCCAUCAUUUUUGUACAUUGUGCAAAACAACUUGCUCUACGUGUCAGCGUCUAAUCUAGACGCUGCGACAUAUCAGGUCACAUAUCAGCUAAAAUUGUUAACAACAGCUUUUUUCGCUGUAGUAGUUUUAAAAAGAAAACUGAAGAAAUGGCAAUGGUUAGCGCUUGGGCUUUUGGCCGCUGGAGUAGCCUUGGUCCAGUUGUCCGGAAAAUCAGAAAAAUCUACAACGACUUCCGACCUGUCACAGUCCAGGAUUCUGGGAUUCAGUGCCGCGCUGGCAGCGUGUUUUAUAUCUGGGUUUGCUGGGAUAUAUUUUGAGAAAGUUUUGAAAGAGUCUGAUAUAUCAGUGUGGAUGCGAAACGUGCAACUGAGUUUGCUCUCCUUGCCAUUUGGAACGAUCACCUACUUUGUCAAUGGCGGGUCAGCACAUGACAUAUUGAAAGGGUUCGAUGCCUUCGUAUGGUACUUAGUGCUGCUGCAAGCGGCUGGCGGCCUUAUCGUAGCGGUCGUUGUCAAAUACGCUGAUAAUAUACUAAAGGGUUUUGCAACAUCCGUCGCGAUUAUAAUAACAUGUGUUGUGUCAAUGUUUAUUUUCAACUUUGUUUUAACGCUACAGUUCGCUGGUGGCACUCUCUUAGUAAUUAGCUCCAUUUUCCUUUAUGGCUAUGUGCCUAAAAAACCUGAAACACGUUCGUUAAGUGUCUGAUCUUAUUUUCAGUUAUUACGUAAUUAAUUAUAAUGUCUAAUAAUUUAUCUAAUCAAAGCGAUUAGAAGAUAAAGCUAGCAAAACCUCUAAAUUCGCAAUCGGUCGAAACAAGGAAAUAGAUAACCGAUAAUAUUCUAUUAAGAUGGUUUAAAAUUAUUUGUAAGUAGGUAAUGAAGAAAUGAUGGACAUUGAAAUAAGUUUGUGUUUUUAAGAUCUAUACAGCUAAGUAUAGUAAGUAGUAUUAAUGUAUUUACAAAUAGGCUGCUACUUAUACAGGGCUUGGAUACAGGUAUAUUUUUUGAAACGUCUUUCGUCGUAUUUUGCUUUCGUUCGAACUGAAAGUUAUAACGUUAACGAACGACUUACGUUUUCGGGCGUCAUAAAUUUGUCAUAGUUUCUUAAAAAUUUUCUAUUUUAAUUUAGUUUUCGUUCCGAACAAAAUGUUGCGAACCGAACGAGUUAAAUGUUGAAAACGUUGUUUGAUAUAUGUACCUAAUUAACAUUUCUAAGCCCUGGUAGAAUAUAGUAAUUAUAUAUGAGUUAUUUUUCUUUCCUGUACGGACCAUUUAUUUUUAUUACGACAAAUACAUAGCCGUACUUACGAGUACAUACAUAUUUUAAUAAAUAUUGGACUUGUUUAUUUUAGUAUUGAUUUUAUUUAGUAUAACAAUUGAUUAUUAUUUCAGUAUUUUUAUUAAUGUUAAUAAAACUAAUUGAAUUUUUUUUCAAAUUGCGCCUUAAAUAGGUUUCACCGUACCUAUAAGUUUUAAUGUUAAUUGAAACUCGAAACAGUAGUGAGAUAAACAUUGAGUACUUAUGUGAAGUCUUUAAAAAUCUAAUAAAUAAAAUCGGGACUUGUCAAUAAAAAAUAAUUUAAUAAUUUGUAAAAAGUGCAGAAAUAGUAAAGUAGGGAACUAGAAUUCGUAACAGCGUACGAAUUCUGUUAUAUUCCCUUAUGUUUUUUAGAAUACAUACCUAAAUAGGUAAAAAAACGGAAAUAUUUAGGUACGGUCUCUUUUGUACUAUAAAAAAAUUAAAGCGAUUAACAGAUUUGCCCAUUUUUGUCACAUAUUUUGCGAUAUCGCAAAGAGAAUCAUAUAUACGGUUCUUCCUUUUGACUCGGAAUUGUGAAAUAUCGAGGAUCAGUUACGAUUAUGACUUAAAAUAUAAAGGAAAAAUGUGACAACUGUAAAUAAAUAUGUAAGUACAUAACAAAAAAGUAAUUUUGCGGAACCCUUAAUGCGCUAGUUCGACCGCACUUGACCAGCUUUUUAUACUCGGCUGGGGUAAAUGACAUCAAGCCAUAGGUUUCAUAAUCAAAAUCAAAUCUCGGUAGCUAACCCAAGCAAUGCAAGAAUAAUAAUCGUUUAUAUCAAAAUAUAGGCCAUUCCUACAUUACAAUUAAACUGAAAUUGCAAUAUAAAUAAAUUCCAAUAUGCAAUAAUUAUCCAUUUUAUACAUGUAUAUUUUUAAAUUUUUCUGACCUUAUCAUCUACCUACCCUAUUAGCGUGUCGCCGAAAAUAUGAAACUGACUAUUGAUUAUAGGUACCAAUCGAAAAUUUAGUUCUUUACGAAUCUGUGCAGAUUGAAUUGCAGUAUUGCAGUACCUACAAGUAGAGACAAAUGAUCGGAUUGUUGUAUCAUUUUGUAGUUGGAAAUUCAUCUCAUUAUAGUUUCUUUUUAGAUUAUUAGUACCCAUGAUUAGUACAUUUUAUUUAUUGUGCGGUUACAUCUGCAUAAAGCCAACCUUGGUGAUUUUUUUUUCUUAGUUUGAUCACAAAGAACGCACUAUUUAUUUCUUCCACUAAUAUAUUUUCCUAUAAUUGCUGCACUGGUCUAAAAGGUACAGUUUAUUCCAACAAGCGUCUUCUUCAAUCAGAAUAAUAGGAACACCUGUUGAAUGUACAAAGGCACAUGCAGCAUACAGACAAAAGGCCAUUCCCGCUGGAUAAUAUAUUUAAGUCAAUUAACAUUGUCAGUCAUACGAUUUACGUCUUUAGGGUUAUGUUCGAUAGAAUAGGUUCCUUCUAGGGACUCCAGGACUACAUACAAAACUAUAUCAGAUCUUGUACCGAACUUUAAAAAAUAUAUAUAUCAAUGUAUUGUAGAAUUAUUAUAACAAUUACAUACAUUUUAUUUUAUGAGAUGAUUAAGGUCAGUUUUGUUUACUAGAUUGUAAAUCAUCCUAUAUUUUACAUGAGUUGUGUGAUAUGUAAAAUUCAUUGUAAAUAGCAUUCCCAGCAAUAGCAGCAUUUUAUGCUAAUAAAAAGCACAUGCUAAUGUGGAUUAAGGAGAAAAGAAAAGAGAUUAUUCAUAGCUAUAACUAUUUUAUAUAUUUUUAAUAAUAAAGCAAAAUUAAUAAGAA